ACCCCUCCCCGCUCUCCUCCCGCCACUUCAGCGCGCCUCCCCCACCUCACCUCACAGCCUCCCCUUCUUCCUUCACAUCCUUGCUCUACCCGGUCCUCACCGCAGGCUCCUACCUGACUCGAUCCCGUCCUCACCGCAGGCUCCUACCUGACUCGAUCCCGUCCUCACCGCAGGCUCCUACCUAACUCGAUCCCGUCCUCACCGCAGGCUCCUACCUAACUCGAUCCUGUCCUCACUGCAGGCUCCAACUGACUCGAUCCCGUCCUCACCGCAGGCUCCUACCUAACUCGAUCCUGUCCUCACUGCAGGCUCCAACUGACUCGAUCCCGUCCUCACCGCAGGCUCCUACCUAACUCAAUCCUGUCCUCACUGCAGGCUCCUACCUGACUCGAUCCCGUCCUCACCGCAGGCUCCUACCGUGAUCUGGUCUGUUCUCACUGCAGGCUCCUGUCCUCACUGCAGGCUCCUACCCUGACUCGAUCCCAUCCUCCUUGCAGGCUCCUACCCUGAUCCAGUCCAUCCUCACUGCAGCCUCCUACCUGACUCAAUCCUGUCCUCACUGCAGGCUCCUACCCUGACUCAAUCCCGUCCUCACGGCAGGCUCCCACCCUGAUCCGGUCCAUCCUUACUGCAGGCUCCUACCCGACUCGAUCCCAUCCUCCCUAAAGGCUCCUACCUGACUCUCCGUGACUCGACGACCGUCCCCCACGCCCUCAUCCUCGUGUCUCCGCGGCGGUACAUGCCACCCCCCGGGGACCCCCCACAACCUCCCACUGACCGCCGGCCCCAAGCACCCCGAGGCUUGGCCAUGAGCCUGGUGCUCCGCGUCCCGCAGCGGGCUGUCCCCGUCCGGAGGGCGCCGCUCCGCUCCCGGGUGGAGCUGCUGAGGGCCGUGCUGGGCGUGCGGGACUUCGACCUGGGCCUGCUGUGCGUGGACAACGAGGGCAUGCAGCGCCUCAAUAGGGCCUACCGCGGGGACGACCGCCCCACCGACGUGCUCUCCUUUCCGUUUCACGAGAACGUGAAAGCAGGCGAGCUUCCCCGGCCUCGUUCCCGAGAUGACUACAACUUGGGCGACAUCGUCCUAGGAGUGGAGUACGUCUUCCAGCGGUGCCGAGGAGACGCGGACUACUAUGACGCCCUGACGGUGACUGCCGCCCACGGGCUCUGUCACCUGCUGGGCUUCACACACAGCACAGAGGCCGAGUGGCGAAAGAUGUACCAGAAGGAGAAGCAGGUCCUUGAGGAGCUGAGCCGGCUCACGGGGACCAGGCUCCAGCCCCUGAGCCGGGGCCUCUUCUGAUGGUGCUGGAGGCCUGGCACCCAGGUGGCACCUGAGGGACUCUGCAGGGCACAGGGACAACACGUGGAAGACAGAUGGACCCUCCCUUUGGGGCCUGAGGACCAGAGACUCCAGCAAACUGAGGCCCUGCUGGUCGCUAUUGGCCCAUGGGGCUGCAGAAGUAACACACGCUCUGAACCAAAAUUGCGUAAGUGGAACCUUUUUCUGAAAGUAUAAGAGAAGCUUCCA